UCCUACCAAUCUGUUCGAAAACCAGCUCAGUUCACCACCGUAAUACAAAGAGCUAAUUUCGGUCUCCUUAUUAUCCUUGCAGCCGUCUUCUCACUAUGAUCUAUCAUACUCAGAUGUUCGUUCCUACCUAUAAUCUUACUAGAACGCAGUCAACCCCAUCGUUCGCUGGCAACUCAUCACUGAUGGAGUAUACUCAAGGUCUUCGAACGCUAUCUCCACGCCUAUUGCGCCUCCAUAUUGAUCGGACUAUCUCUUUACAACUGACCACUAUCAUCUUGGAUGGCUCAAUGUUCAGCCUCGGAGAACUCUGUUGCUAUGCAGCAAUACUCUAUUCGACCCGAAUCUCGACAUACUUUCGAGGUUCUCCAGCAGUUGCCCCACUACACGCCCUCAACUGAGUGUGCGUCGUUACCACCAGUGACUGCUACCAUGCUCGCAUCCACCUCUGGAGAUGCGAAUCCUUUGUCUACGGCUGCUGCGCCACUGCUCCUUUCGCACUGCAAUGUGCUGUAUCGCCCAUCAGGCGUCAUCACGCUGCCUGAAGGUACUCUGGCAUCGGACACCUGCACCCAGCGACGUUCUCGGACCCUCCCUCACCCCCAGGCUCGAUCGCCCCACCUGUGGCCAGAUCGAGUCGUUCUUCUCAUUAUUCUUCGAUCCACAUGCUCCAGACAACGUCUUAGAGCAAGGACUUGCUUGUCGAUGGCAGCUGAGAUCUAUGGGUGUCAACGACCAAUCUCGUGGCUCGGCUCCCCCUGCUUAUGCCCACGAAAUGACUGUUUCCAUGCAUCUACCACUGGUAUCUCCGUGCUGACCUGCGAGCAAACAGCUUCCAGUAGCACCGGCCAGUAUACCAGUACCAAGCCUAGUGAUUUUACCACGGAGAGUGAUACCAGCAAUCUACGUGCCUUGGGUGAAGACGAUUCCGAAUCCGUAUAUCACGGAAUGAACAGUAGUAGAUGAUAAUUUCUUCUUUGUUACAGUAUCAAACACUAGUCAG